AUUGUUUGGCUCUUGAGCGGAAAACAGAGACAUGGCUGGUUCUUCAGUCUUGAUGUCACAAAGACGUCUCAGUCCAAGGAUACAGUUUUGCAGGUUUUUACCUUAGAGACAGUUCUGUACAUUUUCAUUGAGGGAUGCAAAAAGAUUUGUAGCCCUCAACCUUCCCCGGACAGUUCAUGUUGAGGUGCAUUUUCUUUCUUGCAAGCAUCCAGGAACAGCACUUCUCCUUUUAAGUGAUUUGCAGGAUUUUUGCUUUUCAGCAAAGAACUAACAAUUUGCUUUCUAGCACCGUCAGGUUCUUGAUUAGUGGACCCCCGAAUCUCCGGCAAUUGUUUAUCUUUGUCUCAAAAAACAAAUUAGUCAACAGUGGGACAUAGGGCAUCAGUGAUUAAAGGAUUUGGGAGACUGAAGCCAAGAUCAAGAGCACCUACUGUGUUUCCCCAAAAAUAAGACAGUGUCUUAUAUUAAUUUUUGCUCCCAAAAAUGCUCUACGUCUUAUUUUCAGGGAAUGUCUUAUUUUUCCAUGAAGAAGAAUUCACAUUUAUAGCUGAACAAAAAAAAUGAACAUUUUGUAGUUGUCUUCACAAACCAGCAUAACCAUACAAACUGUGAAUCCUAUCAAGAAUUUCUUGUUACUACAGUAGAGUCUCGCUUAUCCAACGUUCUGGAUUAUCCGAUGCAUUUUUGUAGUCAAUGUUUUUAAUACAUCGUGAUAUUUUGGUGCUAAGUUCGUAAAUACAGUAAUUACUACAUAGCAUUACUGCGUAUUGAACUACUUUUUCUGUCAAAUUUGUUGUCUAACAUGGUGUUUUGAUGCUUAAUUUGUAAAAUCAUAACCUAAUUUGAUGUUUAAUUGGCUUUUCCUUAAUCUCUCAUUAUCCAACAUAUUUGCUUAUCCAACGUUCUGCUGGCCCGUUUAUGUUGAAUAAGUGAGACUCUACUGUAUUAAUUUUUGCUCCCAAAAAUGCUCUAGGUCUUAUUUUCAGAGAAUGUCUUAUUUUUCCGUGAAUAAGAAUUCACAUUUAUAGUUAAACAAAAAAAUGAACAUUUUGUAGUUGUCUUCACAAACCAGCAUAACCAGACAAACUGAAUCCUAUCAAGAAUUUCUUGUUACUACCAUUAUUUCCAUGUACAACAAUCUAUGGUACGUACAUUUACCAAACCUGCAUGCUCUGGUGUUCUGUCCAGCGGGCAUGCUUCCAAACACAAACGGUGCUAGGUCUUACUUCCGGGGGAGGCCUUAUAUUUAGCAAUUCAGCAAAACCUCUACUAGGUCUUAUUUUCUGGGGAUGUCUUAUUUUAGGGGAAACGGUAUCUUCAAGAGGGCAAUGAGAAAUAAAUUUAAAAUGUUAUUUUUUAUGCACAGAAGGCCUCCAAAUAUCAUUUCUAUAUAUAAAUCUCAAUUUCUCUCUGUUGUCCCUUCUCAAAAGACUGCCUCACCCAUCAAAGGGACAUGAUUAGAAAGUGGUUGCAUGGACUUGGCAGAUUGUUUUAGCUGAAUUCAUCUUUCUUGUCUUCAUUUGUUUACUGUGAAUUGUCUACGCACAAACAGGUGAGUCGAAACCAGCGAUUCUUGAACACAAGUCCUUCAAGUGUUUUGGACUUGAGCUCCUAGAAACCUCUGGUGAUGGUCGGGGUUUUGGGGAGGUGACAUCCAAACUGGCUGGAAGGCCAAAGUUGGGGAAACUGAUCUAAGUGGACACAAUUUUACUAAACUCUGGAAAGUCUACUGGCCUUGAGCAUUACAUUUAGUUGCAGUGCAAAACCUUCCAACUCUAUAAAGUACGAUGUAAACCCAGAAGUGGCUCAACAGCAGUACGUGUGGGAAAAAUCUUUUGAGUCCUCAUGGACAACAAGAUAAACAUAGCCAACGGUGUGAUGCGGCAGCCAAAAAAGCUAAUGGGAUUUUGGUCUGCAUCAAUAGGAGUCUAGUGCCUAAAUCCAGGGAAGUUAUGCUCCUAUUCUAUUCUGCCUUGGACAGACCAUACCCAGAAUCGUAGUGUCCAAUUCUGGGCACCACAGUUGAAGGGAGAUGUUGACAAGCUGAAAGGUGUCCAGAGGAGGACAAGGGUCUGAAGAACAAGCCCUAUGAGGAGCGGCUUAAAAGAGCUGGACCUGCAGACAAGAAGGCUGGGAGGAGACUUGAUGAGGGCCAUGGAUCAAGAUGUGAGGGAAUCAUAGGCAGGAAGGAACAAGCUUGUUUUCUGUUGCCCUGUAGACUAGACAUGAAAUAAUGGCUUCAAAGUAUAGGAAAGGAGAUUCCACCUGAACAUGAGGAAUAACUUCUUAACGGUGAGAGCUGUUCAGCAGUGGAACUCUGCCCCAGAGUGUGGUGGAGGCUUUAAAACAGAGGCUGGAUGGCCAUCUGUUGGGGGUGCUUUGAAUGCAACUUUCCUGCUUCUUGGCAGAAUGGGGUUGGACUGGAUGGCCCAUGAGGUCUCUUCCAACUCUAGGAUUACUCACAGAAUCCUCGCUGCUCCGAUGACCUGGGAGCCCCCAGAGUGUCCGAAAUGCAUGGUCAGUGGUGCAGAGCAAUACCCCAAACAGACCCUGGGAAGACGUUUUGGAUUCAAAGGAUGGCAUGACUUGAGGAGGAAGCAUCCUUCCUUGCUUUGGACACAAGGCACCACAAAUAAUUGCUUUUUUGGUUGCAAGGAGAACCCUUCUGCACUUUGAGUGGCAAGAGGGAGGCGGGUUGAAGGCACUAUAAUAAUAAUAAUAUAAUUUUAUUUUUGUAUGCCGCCUCCAUCUCCCCAACGGGGACUCAGAAUGGCUCACACGGGGCAAGCCCAAUACAAUCGUAUAAUAUAAAAUCAACAGUUAAGACAUCACUAUAGCAGGUAUGGACAAACUUGGGCCCUCCAGGUGUUUUGGACUUCAACUCCCACAAUUCCCAACAGCCUCAGGCCUUUAAUAAUUAAAGAAAAGCAAAGAGAACACUUCAUUUCCCUUGGUUGCCAUGCAACCUGAGCCCAUUUGCUCAUUGGCUGGGAAGUGUUGUUCUUAGCAACAGAGAGACGCUAAGCAGUGGCAGCAUCGGUUAGGCUUCAGAUGCUUCCAACUUAUUUACUUUAUUUUGUAUUGAUGCAUGUAAUGUGAGGAUACUGCUGCCUAGUUCUCAACUGCUUGGCAUUGGGAUCCAUAGGAUAGGCAUAGGAAAGCUCUUAGGACUCUUACUCUGGUUUGGAUCCCCUCCACGGCCAAGCCAUGUCUCACCCGUCCGUCCUCCUGACCCAGGAGCCUGCCCCGCAAACCGUCCCGGUCUCCGAGCUGCCCAUGAAGGUGUACGAGCCGGCCCUCAACACCGGCCUGGACACCUCCUCGGGUUUGGCCACGGCGGGCUUCCGCACGGCCAAGUACCUGCUGGAGGAAUGGAACCAGCACAACUACACGCGCUACUACGAGGCCUUUGCCGACCGGGACCACUCGGAGCGGGUGCGGCAGGAGUCCCAGAGCCUGGCAGCCUACACGGGCGAGCUGGCCGAGCGGACCCAGCAGGACUCCACGGCCAAAGUGGGCGAGCGCCUCCAGGACAUCCACUUCUGGAAGUCGGAGCUGCAGCGGGAGAUCGAGGACCUGGUGGCCGAGACGGAUCUGCAGGCGGGCCAGAAGCGGCGGCUGGAGCGGGCCCUGGACGCCACCGAGGUGCUCUACAGCCUGGCCAUGGACAACCUGCAGUGCCGCGAGCGGAGGCAGCACCCGGACCUGGUGCGCGACCAGGUGGAGUCCGAGCUGCUCAAGGAAGCUGAGCUUGUCCGAAAUAUACAAGAGCUGCUGAAAAGAACCAUUAAGCAAGUGGUGAACCAAAUUCAGUUAAACUGGGAUCAGAAGGAGGUCUGCGAAAUGGAUUGGUCCGACAAAUUGGAGACAUACAACAUCGACGAGAAGUGCGGGAGGUACAACAACCAGAGCACCAACAUCCGUUUCCACCCGAGCUCUUCCAAGCUGGAGGACAGCGCUUCCACGCCAGAGACCUGGGCCAAGCACAGCCAUGACAACAUCUACCGGGCCGAGCGGGAGAAGCUGGCCUCCAUCAACCUCCGGGCCUUGGUUGACAACAUCUUGCACGACACGGCCGAGGACUUGCACAUCCAGAGCGACCUGGUCAACCAGGCCUUCGCCAAGCACUGCGAGAUCCUGGAGGACGCCAAGCACAAGCUGGAGCACCACCUGAAGAAGAUCCUCAAGGAGAUCGGGGACCAGGAGCACAACAUUGAGGCUCUCAAGCAAGCCAUCAAAGACAAGGAGACGCCACUCAAGGUGGCCCAGACCAGGCUCUACGACCGAUCCUUCAGGCCCAACGUCGAUCUCUGCCGAGAUGCGGCCCAGUUCAGGCCGGCUGAGAUCUUUUGGCACAGCACCCAGUGUGCCCAUCACCACCGGGACCACCUGCACUGGUUUCUGCCAGAGUCUUUGAAGUUCCAUCUUGAGGCUGAUCAGCGAAGUGGAGGAACUGACCGAGUCCAUCGAGGCUCUGAAGAAGAAGCUUUUGGACUCGGAGCAAGCCCUGAGGAACCUGGAGGACACCCGGAUGACCCUGGAGAAGGAGAUUGCGGUCAAGGCCAACAGCAUCUUCAUUGACCGGCAGAAAUGCAUGGCCCACCGCGCCCGGUACCCAACCGCCCUCAAGCUGGCCGGCUACCAAUAGACUGGCAAUUCAUUAUAGCGGUCAUAUUAAGCAGUAGAAACCCUCUGAAGGAUGGAGUUACAUAUAAGCACCAGCCUGUUUUUUCUCAUUCCCAGUUCUGAGCUAAAAUAAAAUAUUCCCCUAAAGAGUUGUACCUUA